AUGUCACUGACGAGGGUGAAGGCGACGUCAGCAGCUGAGCAUUGCUUCAUUAUCACCACACCCAUAUUGUUAUUUUCUUCUUCUUCUUCUUCUUCUUCUUCUUUUUUCUUCCUCUCCAUUUUUUUAUUCCUUGUCUUCGACAUUCAUUUAUUAUUGGUCAACAUCUCUUAUGUCUCUCCCUUUCUUCGUCUUUCACCUUUUUUUUCUUUGUUUCUCUCUUUCUUCUUCUGUCACCCUCACUUUUUUAUGUCUCUCUCUUUCUUCGUAUUUCACCCUCUUUUUCAUUCUUAUGUCUCUCUCUUUCUUCGUCUUUCGCCCUCUCUUUAUGUCUUAUGUCUCUCCCUUUCUUCGUCUUUCACCCUCUCUUUAUGUCUUAUGUCUCUCCCUUUCUUCGUCUUUCGCCCUCUCUUUAUGUCUUAUGUCUCUCUCUUUCUUCGUCUUUCACCCUCUCUUUAUGUCUUAUGUCUCUCCCUUUCUUCGUCGAGGCCCUCUCUUUUAUGUCUUAUGUCUCUCUCUUUCUUCGUUUUUUCCUUCCUCUCUUUAAUCUUAUGUCUCUCCCUUUCUUCGUCUUUCGUCCUCUCUUUAAGUCUUAUGUCUCUCCCUUUCUUCGUCUUUCGCCCUCUCUUUGUCUUAUGUCUCUCCCUUUCUUCGUCUUUCACCUUUUUUUUCUUUGUUUCUCUCUUUCUUCUUCUGUCUCCUCUCUUUCUUAUGUCUCUCUCUUUGAAAAUUUCUUUUGUCCUUUUUUCAUUCUUAUGUCUCUCCCUUUCUUCGUCUUUUUCCCUCUCUUUAUGUCUUAUGUCUCUCCCCUUUCUUCGUCUUUCACCCCUCUCUUUAUGUCUUAUGUCUCUCCUUUCCUUCGUCUUUCGCCCCUCUCUUUAUGUCUUAUGUCUCUCUUUUCUUCGUCUUUUCACCCUCUCUUUUAUGUCUUAUGUCUCCCUUUCUUCGUCGUUCACCCCUCUCUUUAUGUCUUAUGUCUCUUCCUUUCUUCGUCUUUCACCUUUUUUUUCUUUGUUUCUCUCUUUCUUCUUCUGUCUCACUCUCUUUCUUAAGUCUCUCUCUUUCUUCGUAUUUCACCCUCUCUUUAUGUCUUAUGUCUCCCUCUUUCUUGUCUUUCUUCUCUCUUUUUCUUUGUCUCUCUCCCUUUCUUCGUCUUUCACCUUUUUUCUUUGUUUCUCUCUUUCUUCUUCUGUCUCCCUCUCCUUCUUAUGUCUCUCUCUUUCUUCGUCUUUCACCCUCUCUUUAUGUCUUAUGUCUCUCUCUUUCUUCGUAUUUCACCCUCUCUUUAUGUCUUAUGUCUCUCCCUUUCUUCGUCUUUCACCCUUUUUUCUUUGUUUCUCUCUUUCUUCUUUUGUCUCCCUCUCUUUCUUAUGUGUCUAUCUUUCUUUGUAUUUCUUCCUCUCUUUCAUUCUUAUGUCUCUCCCUUUCUUCGUCUUUCACCCUCUUUUCUUUAUGUUUCUCGCAUUCUUCUUUCUCCCUCUCUUUCUUUCUUAUCUCUCUUUGUCUCUUUUUUCGUCUUUCACCCUCUUUUUAUUUCUUAUGUUUCUCGCAUUCUUCGUCUUCUUUCUUCCUUAUCUUCUCUCUCUCUUUGUCUUUCCCCUCACAUUUUUCAUGAUCUCUCUUUCUUCCUCUUUCCCCAUCUCUUUCUUUCUCAUGUUUCUCGCUUUCUUUCUCUUCCCCUGUGCUUCAUUAUGUUUCUCUCUUUCUUCGUUUUUCUCCCUCUCUUUCUUUCCUUCUCUCUUUCUUUGUCUUUUCCCUCACAUUUUUCAUUCUUAUGCUUUUCUCUAUAUUUCUUUCUCUCUCUCUUUCUUUCUUAAGUUUCUCCCUUACUUCAUCUUUCUCCCUCUCUUUUUUCUUGUUCUCUAUUUUUGUCUUUCUCCUCUUUUUCUUGCUUAUGCUUCUUUCUUCGUUGGCCUUUCUUCCUCUCUUUCAUUAUUUCUUAUGUUCUCUCUCUCUCUCUCUUCGUUUUUCUCUCUCUCUUUCUUCUUUAUGUUUUUCUCUUCCUUUCCACUUCCUUCUCUUUAUUUAUCUUUCUUUCUUUCUUCGUCUUUCUCCCUCUCUUUCUUUAUUUUAUGUGUCUCUCUUUCUUUGUCUUUCAAUCUGUUUCUUUCUAAUGUUUCUCUCUUUCUUUGCACUUCUCCCUCUCUUUCCCAUGUUUCUCGAUUUCUUCGUCUUUUUCUCUAUCUUUCUUUCCUAUGUUUCAUUUUAUGUUCGUCUUUCUUCCUCUCUUUCUUAUGCUAUGUUUCUCUCUUUCUUUCUUUUUCUCCCUCUCGUUCUUUUUUAUGUUUCUCGCUUUCUUUGUCUUUCUUCCUCACUUUCUUCGUUGUUCUCCCUCUUUUUCUUUCUUAUGUUACUUUCUUUCUUAUGUUUCUCCCUUUGAUUACCUUACCCUCUUUUUCUUUAUAUGUUUCUCUCUUUCUUUGUCUUUCACACUCACUUUCUUAUGCUAUGUUUCUGUCUUUCUUUGUUUUCCUCUAUAUAUAUCAUUAUGUUUCCAUUUUAUUGUCUUUCUCUCUCUCUCUCUCUCUCUCUCUCUUUUUAUUGCACGUUUUUCUCUUCUUUUCUCACUCUCUUUCUCAUGCUAUGUUUCUCUCUUUCUUUGUUUUUCUCCUCUCUUUUUCCUAUGUUUCUCUCUUUCUUUUUUCCCUCUCUUUCUUUCCUAUGUUUCUCUCUUUCUUUGUUUUUCUACUCUCUUUCUUUUCUAUAUUUCUCUCUUUCUUUGUUUUUCCCACUCUUUCUUUACUAUGUUUCUCUCUUUCUUUGUUUUUCCCCUCUCUUUCUUUACUAUGUUUCUCUCUUUCUUUGUUUUUCCCCUCUCUUUCUUUUCUAUAUUUCUCUCUUUUUUCAUCUUUCUCCCUCUCUUUCUUUCCAAUGUUUCUCUCUUUCUUUGUUUUCCCUCUUUUUCUUCCCUAUUUUUCUCUCUUUUUUUUUUUUUCUCUUUCUUUUUUCUCUUUUUCUUUUUUUUCCCUCUUUCUCUUUCCUAUAUUUCUCUUUUCUUUGGUUUUCUCCCUCUUUUCUUUCCUAUUUUUCUCUUUUCUUUUUCCCUCUUUUUCUUUCCUAUAUUUCUCUCUUUCUUUUUUUUUUCCCUCUCUUUCUUUUCUAUAUUUCUCUCUUUCUUUUUUUUUCCCUCUCUUUUUUACUAUAUUUCUCUCUUUCUUUAUUUUUUCCCUCUCUUUCUUUCCUGUUUCUCUCUUUCUUUGUUUUUCCCUCUCUUUCUUUUCUAUAUUUCUCUCUUUUUCAUUUUUCUCCCUCUCUUUCUUUUUCUUUUCUCUCUUUCUUUUUUUUUUCCCUCUCUUUCUUUACUAUAUUUCUCUUUUUUUUGUUUUUUUCCCAUCUCUUUCUUUUUUAUUUUUCUCUCUUUUUUGUUUUUCUCCCUCUCUUUCUUUCCUAUGUUUCUCUCUUUCUUCGUUUUUCUUCCGCUCUUUCCUUCCAUAG